AUGGCUUUUCCACUCAAAGUGCCAGGCAAGGCGGCAACUCAGAUUGGCUCGGCUUCUCAUCACGAGACAGAUGGCACUGUCGCCAAAAAGCAAACGGGUCAUCGCCGCUCAACACGGGAUGUGCAGGGCCCUUCUUCGAGUACCGUUCUCAGAAACACAAAUAAGAUUCUUUCGGUGUGA